AUGUCUAAUGGUGUUUCCAGAAACCAGGAUUUUGAUCGUUUUCGUGAUCAGACAGAGAUGAGUCCUGAUUUGCCUUUGUCUAUCUCGAACAAUAUUGAGGAAAUUGAUAAUAGUGUCCAGAAACUGAAGCAGCAUGCCCUCUCUAAGACCGAACAGGAUGAGUACUUUCGUCUUGAAAUUGAAUACAGGAAUAAUGAGCAGAAAAUCGUUCAGUUACAAGGUACAAUUAACCAGCUUUAUUCGGAUUACGCAAUGUUGCAGCAAAAACAGAUCGAUGAAGUGAAUAUGAUCCGGAAAACAGAGGAAGAUUUCAUUGCGAACUACGAUGUGAAAGAACUGACUGCUAUGAAAAAGGAUUAUGUCAAUUUCUUCAAGAAGAGAGAACAAUAUAUACUCACACAGAUUGAGGACCGAUACGAAAAGCCAGUUCGAGAAAUGUACAUCAGUACGCAGGCUGCGAUUCGAAAUAUAGUAGAAGAUGAUUUGAACUGGGUCAAAGAUGAGUGGUCGAAAAUAAUGACAACAGAGAAGGAGGAAGAAGAGCCAGUGUUCCAACGACCUGAUAAGAUAUAUAAGAAAUCAAAGAAGGGGAAAAGUGAUCGAAACUGA